UGGAGGGUUUGGUGGAAAUGCUUCUGGAGCAGCCAGAUAAUUUUAUUGAAGACUCCAGGUUACUGCUAGUAUCUCGAGCAAGGAGCCUACACUUUUGCCAGAGGACGGAGGGGUCAUCACACCCAUGGUGGAGGCGGAUGAGAUCUCAGAAGAAAGGACUCCCAUGUCUGUGCCUCUGCCUUCUCCAUCAUCAGUAGGCUCAAGGCCAAGAGAGGAGAGAGUCAGGCAGAGAAUUGAGAGCCCAAGCCUUGAGGUCCUAGAGUUGCCCCCUAUUGUGAGACGGAGAAGACGUAGGCAGCUAAUCUUUGCUGAUGAGAGGACCCAGAUCCCUGAAGAUGAACAACGAGCACAAAUUGACAAUGUCCAUGUCGAGACCAGACCUCUAGCAGAGGUGCUUGUGGAUGUGCAGACUCCGAGGACAGCGACUGCUGAUGCACUUUUGAGCAAUCCCUGUAACGAUCUGACCCCAGACAUCCUGGAGAUAUGGAGACGUGGUGCAGCUCUUCGCUCCUCUCCUGCUGCCCGGGGAGAGGUGGAGACCUCAGAAGAGGAGCAGGAGGAGAGAGAGCUGGGCAGGACAGAGAUGGAGGAGGGCAGAAUAGAGGUGGAGCAAGUGUCUGAUGCUCUGGAGAUGGCGAGCGAUAGAGAGCUGAGCUCUAAGGACAUCAGCGCAGCCUCCCUGCCACAUCCAGAGACCCUCAGAGAAUUGGAGCGCUCUUUGUCUCAGGAAGGCUCAGGUGUCCACUCUCUGGAGUUAUCUGACAGAGACAUGUCACAGCAGGAACCUGUCGAGCUGCCAAGGUCUCCUGUUCAGCCUGUGUUUGGUCGUCUGGAAGACAUUCCUGAAGAAAUUCCCGAGCCUUUUGAAGCAGAGGUCAGACUGACAGAGGACGAGUUGAGAAUGUUUUUCCAGCCUUUGGAGAUGCAGGAUGAGGUGACUUUUCAGUCGUUACUACCUCCAUCACCAAGCCGUGAAACAGUUGCUGGUUCUUUCUGGUGUCUUUUAGAGAAUGUCAAUCGACAGAGAGUCAUUGUGCACCAGGAUGAGCCCUACGGUGACAUCUUUGUUUCACGUGGACUUCUUUUUGAUCAAAUAUGGUAACAGCUUUUCAUAUAUUCAAUGUAUGUUAUCAAUUUUUACUGAAGCUGUUCUGGAUCAUAUUGUAUAUCAAUUCUGAUCACGGUUGAGUUGUAAUGGUAAACUUGCUGUCAGUCCUCUUCUGACUCGUGUUAAUAGCUAUUUAUUAGUAAGUGCAUUGUUGCCAUUGUUUUUUCAGGACAUGUCUAUUUUCAUAUAGUUUUAUAAUAUUUAAUUGCAUUGUAUUAAUAUAACAUAAUUUUGUACCUUCAUUAAUUGCUAUGCAUUUUGAUUCUUUGUAAUAACUCACCUGUACAAAACUGCAGGUCUAUUUAGCC